UCUCGAUCAAAUCUACAAAGUCUUCAACUUUUUGCGGUUUUAAUUUCUAGGUCUCUGUUUUUUGAUGAUUUCUUCAUCUGGGCAAUCUCCAAUUUCAUGUGUGUUUUCAUCCGGGAGGAGUUCUUGAAUGCUAAUUAAUCAGUGUUAUUGAAUUGUUAAUUGUUAACUUGAUGUUUAAGCAUGGACAUUUAUGAGUUUCCCAGUUCACAGUUUUGCAAUUUUAUUACUGUUUGGUUCUUGUUCUAUUUUCUCUCUUGAAAAUGUUUGAUCACUAGGAAGUUUCCAACUUUAUGAGAUUUUAAAUUUCUGGGGUGAUGUUUCUUGAUGAUUUAUUCAUGUGGGCAAUCUGCAAUUUUCAUUAAUCUUUUGAGUUCGUUUUUGUAUUUCUGUAAUUUUGUCGGCUGGGGAGGAGUUAUUGAAUGCUAAUUUAUCAAUAUCAAUGGAUUGUUAAUUAUUAACUUAAUGUUCAACCAUGUACAUUUAUAAUUUUCCCAGUUUAAUGUUCUGCAAUUUCCCAAUUAGAAUGUUGCUUUUGCUAUUUGUUGAAUCGUGCAGCGUGUAGGACAUAACACAGAUUUUGAGCUCUAAAUGGUUCAAGAUACAAGUUCUGGGGCUGAAUCACCGCGGCUGCGCACUGGUCUGUUGCGGGAUCAGGUGCAGCUUGUGAAGAGAAAGGACUGUGAUCGUUAUGAGAUUGUCCAAAUUCCAGAUGUCCUGUCAUUUGAGAAAGGUUUCUUUAUAGCUAUUCGAGCGUGUCAGCUGUUGGCUCAAAAGAAUGAGGGGAUAAUACUAGUUGGAGUGGCAGGCCCCUCUGGAGCUGGUAAGACUGUUUUCACUGACAAAAUGCUCAACUUCAUGCCCAGCAUUGCAGUUAUUGCAAUGGACAACUACAAUGACGCUAGUCGAAUCAUCGAUGGCAACUUUGAUGAUCCACGCCUGACAGAUUAUGAAACAUUGCUUGAAAAUAUACAUGGUUUAAAGGCAGGCAAUCCUGUUAAGGUUCCAGUAUAUGAUUUCAAGACUAGCUCCCGCAUAGGGUACAGGACAGUGGAGGUCCCUAGCUCCCGUAUUGUGAUCAUUGAGGGCAUAUAUGCUUUAAGUGAGAAAUUGCGACCUUUGCUAGAUCUUCGUGUAUCUAUAACUGGUGGAGUUCACUUUGACCUUGUAAAGCGGGUUUUAAGGGACAUUCAGCGUGCUGGCCAAGAGCCUGAAGAAAUUAUCCAUCAAAUUUCUGAAACGGUGUAUCCUAUGUACAAGGCCUUUAUCGAGCCAGACCUUCAGACAGCACAUAUAAAAAUCACCAACAAGUUUAAUCCCUUCGCUGGUUUUCAGAACCCUAUUUAUAUUUUAAAGUCAACGAAGGCAGUGACAGUGGAUCAAAUCAAGGCUGUUAUAUCUGCAGAUCACAAAGAAAGCACAGAAGAAACUUAUGACAUAUAUCUUUUACCACCAGGUGAAGAUCCUGAAGCAUGUCAGUCGUAUCUAAGGAUGAGGAACAGAGAUGGCAAAUACAAUCUCAUGUUUGAGGAGUGGGUCACAGAUAGUCCCUUCAUAAUAUCUCCCAGAAUAACUUUUGAAGUUAGUGUGCGCCUUCUUGGAGGUCUCAUGGCCUUAGGGUAUACAAUUGCAUCCAUCUUGAAAAGAAGCAGCCAUAUCUUCUGCGAUGAGAAGGUUUGCGUGAAAACUGAUUGGUUGGAGCAACUUAAUCGUCAAUAUGUUCAGGUGCAAGGAAAGGAUCGGUUACAUGUUAAAGAUAUUGCACAGCAGCUUGGCCUGGAUGGUUCAUAUGUUCCUCGUACUUACAUCGAACAAAUUCAGCUGGAGAAACUUGUAAAUGAUGUUAUGGCGUUGCCAGAUGAUUUGAAAUCAAAGCUCAGCAUAGAUGAUGAUUCUUCGAGCCCUAAGGAAGCUCUUUCCCGAGCCUCAGCUGAUCGGAGAAACAAGUAUCUCAACCGGGGUAUAUCGCAGUCUUACUCGAAUCAAAGGGACAAGACUAUUUCCAAACUAACGAGACUUGCUGUUAACAGCAGAAGGUUUGAUGGGCGAAACCCAAUAUCACCUGCAGCAAUUUCGAACCAGGGAAUUUUUACUCAACUUUCAGAACAAAUUUCUACGCUGAAUGAGAGGAUGGACGAAUUUACAUCCCGUGUUGAAGAGGUGAACUCCAAGAUAUCACUCAGAAGAGCUUCAGCUAGCCAGCAAAGUUUGGCUCUGCAAGCCAAAGCCUGCAAUGGAUCCGAACCAACUUCUCUUUUUGUUAAUGGCUUGAGUAAUGGCUCGUUGGCAGGAACGCUACUGCCCAAUUCUUCGUCGUCCUCCCAGUUGGUCAAGGAUUCCCCACUGAUGGAAGAGAUACUAGCCAUCACACGAGGCCAACGGCAGAUCAUGCACCAAAUAGACAAUUUGAGCAAUCUUCUGCGAGAGUAUACGGCAGAGAGGUUUCGCCAAGGAAGAACAGAUACUGCUGGAAGAAUGCCUGAUAUCGAAUCAGUUGUCCCACUUGUUCUUGCUUUGGCAAUUGGCGGUUUAGGUGUCUUCUUCUUCAGGAGUCUGACUUCCCCAAAAUAAUUUCAUGGCAAGCAGCUAACUUUCAGCAUAGAACCUUGCUAUAAACACGUUUGUAUGAACCCGUCCUGACGUGCUGUAUACCGAACAAUGGUAGUCUGCCCUUGUGAUAGGGGGCAAAUAUGGAUUUGUAGGUUUAUGCGUGGUCGGCCAAUGUUGUAAGUACUAAAUAAUUGGCAUACUGUAUACGGAAAGAGAGAUUCAAACUUGAGUGCAACGGACGGACAGUGCUUUGGUUGAUGUUUGCAUACCAUAAAUGUACGAUAACUUUUGAUGGCCUUACAAGUGCAAGCGACAGUGUUUCAGAUGAGACGGUCGUAUCCAUCUGUUUUAUUUGAAAUCUUUUAAUUUGCAAUGGUACGGAAGAUCUAGCAAUUCUUAUUUUCAUUUAGUA